AUGUCUCCCUCUUGGCUCAACACCUAUAUCGACGGAAGUCUCAUUUACCAAGACAAGAACCCCAAUUGGGCCAAAAUCGAUAACGUCGUGCUCGGCGAUUCCUCCGGCUUUGGCUACCAGACUCUGGGACCCAACAUGGACAUUUCCACUCAAUUGACGUACCUGCAAAACGACCCCAACGCCGUCGUCCUAGAUUACUGCUGGUCCAACGGUUACGGGUAUGUCAAAAAGGGAUUUAAUCCCGGCAUUGCCGGAGAUGUCUCCCAGAAAUCCGGAUUUACCAGUUUCAUCAAGAUCGCGGCGUGUUCGCCCACCGUCUUUUUGCCGCUCAACCAAGUCCCGCCGCCGCCACCACCACCGCCACCGGCGCCACCCGCGGUGCCCUUUGUGACUUGGAACGGAAGUCAGUUCAUGUGCAACGGCAGCCCCUUUGUCCCAGUGGGAUUUAAUGCCUAUUGGAUGGCCUUCACCGAACAAUACGGCUACCCACCUCAUGCCCAAGUGGACGAAAUGUUCUAUGUCGCCCAGCAAAUGCAAGCCACCGUCAUCCGCUGCCUUUCCCUCGGUUGGAGCUCAAACUAUUCCAACGCCUUGAUCAACAGUGACUUGACCAUCAACAACAACGCUUGGCCCGCUAUUGACUAUAUUUUCUACAAGGCCAACCAAACCGGUAUUAAACUGAUUGCGGAUUUGACCCAAGAAUUCACCUACGUCCCGGGCGACGUGACCGCCUUCACCAAUUAUUACGGCCUCAGCGCACCCGACUUCUUCUACAACUCCACCGUCAUUGCCGCCUUUCAAAACUAUGUGGCCACAUGGCUCAACCACACCAAUCAAUACACAGGUGUGCAAAUCAAGAACGACCCAGCUCUGUUUGCCAUCGAACUCGGAAACGAGCUCGGCAACCUCCGUUCCAAUGUCAAUGCCAACACCAUCCCGCCUCAGUCGUGGCUCCAGUCCAUGGUCACUUUUAUCAAGAGCAUCGACGCCAAUCACCUCAUUCUAGACAGUUCGGAUGAAUGUCUGGGUUCCGGCACAUCCAAUGACUUUGCCGUUUCUGGCUUUGACAUCUUCCAAGGUCAUUUCUACUGGGAAGACUAUCACCGUCUCAACAGCGGUGCCAGUGGUGCCGCGGCCAAAGGAAAACCCUAUAUCAUUGGUGAAUAUUCCAGCCAGUUUGGCCAGGACUGGUUUAAUACCAUCGAAGCCACGCCCAAUGUCAAGGGAACUAUCUUUUGGGACAUGUAUCCUCAUCAAAACGGUACCGCGGGAGGUGCAGAAGUUCCGCAUAACGACGGUUAUACCAUUUAUUACGAUUCCAACUGGUCCAGUCAAUUGUUGCUCUUAACCAAUCACAUGCGUCGCAUGCGAGGUCUCCCUCAAGUCAGUUCGGUGCCGGGACUCAUUUGGUAG